AUGUUUCUCCAACGCUCAGCCAUUGCUGCUGCUCGCAGAGCAGCCGUCUCUCCCGUCGUGAGACGCAGCUUCUCGUCUAGUAUCAUCAGAAGAGAAGCCGCACCACCGGCCGGAUCGAGCGACAGAAAGAUUAAGAAGUUCGAAGAAAUCAAGACCGAAGCCGAUCUCAUGGGACCCGGUGCCGCGCCAGGAACCGUCCCUACCGAUCUCGACCAAGCGACUGGUCUCGAGCGUCUUGAGAUCUUGGGAAAGAUGCAGGGAGUUGAUAUUUUUGAUAUGAAGCCUUUGGAUGCUUCCCGAAAAGGCACGUUGGACAACCCAAUCAUUGUCAAGUCUUUCGGUGACGAACAAUAUGCCGGUUGCACUGGAUACCCAGUUGACUCGCAUGUUACUAUCUGGCUUACAAUGUCCCGCGACCGCCCCGUCGAGCGUUGCCCAGAGUGCGGAAACGUUUUGAAGAUGGAAUAUGUUGGUCCACAAGAAGAUGCUCACGACCACCACCACGAUCACCACGAUGAUGGACACCACAACUACGAAGAGCCAAAGACCUUUGCUGAUUUCGUUAAACCGGAAUACAGAUAAAGGGAGAGGGAAGGGGUGUCGGAUGCGUUGACAAUGUUAGACGGGGUUAGGAAUGUAGAAUA